AUGGUUAGAGGCAAUAUCAGGGGUAGUGCUGCCCGUGGCGGUAUUGCAGCAUGCUGUGGCCUUGCCUUCCUACUGUUUGGCUAUGACCAGGGCGUUUUGGGCGCCGUAAUUGGUCUGGACUCUUUCCGAAAGGAGUUCGAUGAUCCAAAUCGUAACCUUGAGGGAAUCAUUGCUGCCAUCUACGAUAUUGGAUGUUUCGUCGGCGCCAUAGUCGCCUUCUUGACAGCAGACUAUUUUGGUCGCAAGGGAAGUAUCACCCUUGGCACCUGGAUCAUGGUCGUUGGGACUAUCUUGCAAACUGCGUCUUUCGAGAAGAUCCAAAUGAUUAUCUCCCGUAUCAUCACUGGUAUUGGCAACGGCAUGAACACGGCUAUGCUGGUCAUUCAAAGUGCGCUCAUCGCCUUUGGGCAUCCACUUAGUACUUUCAUGGGCCUUGCGAGCCGUCAAGCCGAACCCUCGUCUUUUGGCUGGCGCUGGCCUAUUGCCUUUCAGGGUGUUUUCAUUGCUGCAAUCUUGAUGUUUCUACCAUUCCUUCCUGAAUCCCCCCGAUGGCUAGUCCAUAAAGGCAGGAUAGAGGAAGCGACGGACGUUUUCGCUCGUCUCGCUGGCAAGAACUCUACUAUCAAUGAUCCUGACGUUGUUCGUGAGCGCGAUGAUAUUGUCGCGUCUGUUGAGGAGGAAAAGAAACUAGGUGAAGCUACCUGGAGUGAGGUCUUCACUGAAGGCAAGAACAGAAACAUUAGCCGCGUCCUACUUGGAGCUGGACCUUAUAUGAUGAACCAAUGGUCUGGUAUCAAUUGCUUGGCAUACUUUCUUCCUAUCACGUUUGAGCGUAAUAUUCAUCUCUCGGUAGAGCUCUCGCUCAUCCUUGCCGGCGUCUUGGGUAUCCAGUACUUUGCCUUGUCAUGGCUGUAA